UACAUAGCACAACAAAGAAAAAAAGAAGAAGAGAAAAUGGAGAAUUGUCAGAGUCAGAGUAGAAACAAGAAGAAGAGGUUAACACAAGAGCAAGUAAGACAACUGGAGAAGUGCUUCACUGUGAACAAGAAACUCGAGCCAGAUCUGAAGCUUCAACUGUCAAACCAGCUAGGUCUACCUCAGAGACAAGUUGCAGUCUGGUUCCAAAACAAGCGAGCCAGGUCCAAGACUCAGUCUCUCGAGGUCCAACAAUGCACUCUUCAGUCCAAGCUCGAAGCAGCUCUCUCCGACAAGGCAAAGUUAGAGCAUCAAGUUGAGUUUCUUCAAGAUGAACUGAAGAGAACGAGGAAUCAGCUUGCUCUGUUUACAAAUCAAGAUUCUCCUGUAAAUAACUCUAAUCUUGGUUCUUGUGAAGAAGGUCAUGAUGAUCAAGUGGUGGUAUUCGACGAGCUUUACGCUUGUUUUGUUAGCAAUGGACAUGGAUCUUCAUCAACCUCUUGGGUCUGAUUCUGUUUCGACACAGACAAGAUUUCAAUAUUUAGUCUUUUCUCUGUUUUGUUUCGUUUGAUUGGUUUCUCUUUGUCUGGAUAGAUUUACAAUCUGUAAUUAAAGUCAUUCAGACAUUCCACUAAUACAAAGAGAUGAUUUUUCUUCAUUUCUUGUUAUGGUUAUAAGAAUAUAAGAGAAUUGGAAUC